AUGAGAAACCAUACACUUUGCUCUGAGUGUGGCAAGAACUUCAGUCUUGGCCGAAGCUCCUAUCUGCUCAAACACCAGCGUUCCCAUACAGGUGAGAAGCCCUAUAAUUGCUGUGAAUGUGGCAAGAGUUUCACUAACAGCUCUGACUGUCUAAGACAUCAGCGAACCCACAAUGGUGAGAAGCCCUUCAAGUGCCCUGAUUGUGGUAGAGGCUUCAGUGAGCGUUCUCAAUUCACAGACCACCAGCGAAUUCACACAGGAGAGCGGCCUUAUUCCUGUGCAGACUGUGGCAAGAGCUUCUACCACAGUUCUAAACUUAUCAAGCACCAGCGUUCUCACACAGGAGAAAAGCCCUAUAAGUGUCCUGAAUGUGGCAAGAGCUUUGUGGAUAGCUCAAAUCUCCUCCGGCACCGGCGAACACACGUUGGGGAGAAGCCAUAUACUUGCAGUGUGUGUGGAAAGGGGUUCAGUCAGAGUUCCCACCUACUUAUCCACCAGGCAGCCCAUAGUGGUGAAAAACCUUAUGUUUGCCUUGAGUGUGGGAAGGCUUUUGCUAGAAGUUCUAACCUGGUCCAGCACCAGAGGACCCAUCAGGGUGGGCGUCCCUAUAAAUAUCCUGCCUUUGGUCAGAACUUCGGCCUUGGCCCUGAAUUUAUUCAGGACCUUGGGAGCUCUUCAGGAGCUGGCUUCCUCUGACCCCUAGCCACUAAAAGUGACAGAGCCCAGGUCAGAUGUACUCUGGGAUAUGAGCUCUGGGUCUCACUGGGGGUAUCCUCUGUGUCCUGGAACAUACUUCCUCACUGGGGACAGGGACAGAGAUUCUGAGUGUCAAAUAUGAAAGCUUCGUCCGUUCUUCUUACCCUACUAGAGGUUUCAUUUGAUUGAUGGGUCGGCUUUAAGGACUAAGGCAUACAGGGCUAGGGAAAAAGUCUUUGAGGGAACAUUAUAGUUAUCUUCCAAAAUUUUAAAGGCUCUAAUAUAGAAAAGGAUACAGAGUCAUUUGGUGUACCUCCUGGUGGCAAAACUAGGGCCAAUGAGAAGUUAGUUAUAAUUGAAGCUAUCUGUUUUUAAAAUGGGAUUGAGGUAGUUAGAACUUUAAUUUCCUGUUACUUGCCUUCCCCAAGCUGACUCUAGGUGACUUUCUAUCUGAAGUAUCAUAGAGUGGAUUAAACACUAGAAGAGAGGUUGGAAUAGCUUACCUAUAAAGGUAUUUUCCACCUUUCUCUUCUAUGAGGGCUGUGGUUCUAAGGGUUGAUGGGACACAUAUAGGACCAAACUAAGAUGUCAGGAUGGCUUCCAUGAUGCUAUGAGAAGGGUCUAUAUGGCAUAGAAGGAAAAAUGAUGGUACCUAGUUCCAACUACAGAGGGCAAAGAUUGGGUGGGGUAGUUGUUAUGUGCUCAGCACCAGAGCUUUGAAGGUUUAGGGAGAUAUUCUUGGAGCUCAGGGAAGAUGUGUUUUUGAAUGUUUCCAGCUGGCGUCCCUUGACCAAACUCGAAAUUUGUUUUCACUACUGGUGCCCUUCCAGAAUUCUAAUGUUGUAUCCCGCCCCCAGUCACAAGAUGCAGAUGUUGUGUAUGCUUCAUCACAUUAAGAUGUUGGGCAUAUUUUGUUUUAUCUCUGAGGAAUAGGUGUAGAACCUGAGGAAGAGUAGUGUUUAAUUCAAAGGGAUUAAUUACUAAUGAUGGAAUUUAAUCUUGCAAUGAGAGAUUUGGGGGCUUGGUGGAGAACUAUUUCCAGAGCUUCCCAGGAACAGUGCUUCCAGCUGUAGGUCCAGCCUCUUCCUAUUUCUUGAUACCUCCUUCACCCCCACACCCCAAGGUGUCCUGUGUGUUUGGAAAAGGCAGGGGCUAGUUGCUCUGGGCUGAUUAUGUCUUUCCAUAGGAGGACUACACAGAGGCCUUUUCCCUGGGAGGCCUGGAGUGGAUUAGAUCAAUCUUUUGCUACAGAAGAUAGUUCUGGGCUGUUGCCCUCACAUAAGAAGAAGCCUCAGGAUCCCUGAAAUGUCGGGAGGGUUGAGGGGCCCUUGGAGGUAUUUGAAUGUGCUUCCAGUCCCCAGCCCCCAAUAAAGAUGGUAUCUAUGAUCAAUUAUUCUUGCUUCAGACUCUCAUCCUGUUCUUUUUACCUCUAGAGGCUUCUCCUUGUACUUCAGCAAAAUGGGUCAGUGGGGCAGGAUAUCAAAGGAGUCAGAGAAUCACUCUCCUUUGUCAAAUGUUCUUCCCCUGGCCUCAGUGGGGAUAUACCUAUAAUACAGGAAAAGGGGUAUUUAUGGGUAACUGCUACCCUUCUGCUCCCCAACCUCUGUAAAAGAGCCUUCUACCCCAGAACUGUUUCAUUUACAUUAUUUGACUUACCCUCCCAGGAGCUCAGUGGGAAGGAGUAGUGUUCUCCAUUGUGUAGUAGGGGGAAGCUAGAGCUGUGUGCUCAGUCAGAGUUUGGACAAGUUGUCACGUUCCUUAGUUGAAGGGGGUAUAGUCCUGGAAAAAAAUACUAUAUUGGGAGUCGAUCCGAAUUCUAGUCUCCCCCUGACUCUAAGGAAGUCGAUCUCUCUGAACCUGUUUCCUUAUCUGCUAAAUGGGGGACAGUCUAUACCUCCCCUCUUCUCAGGUGGCAUCAAAUGAGAUCCUCAGAGGGUCCACUUUGGAUGUUAAUGUACAUUAAUUGAAAAGCAUAAAGUGCUGUAUACACUUUAAUCUUUUUAUGUAAUAAUACUUAUGCUACUCAUAAGGAUUUCACAAUAUAUUUUCUCAGGGCAGAAAUUCUCCUUUGUUUUGCAGAAAUAUGGGUACUGUCCAGAAUGGUUGGAAAGACCAAACUUUUGAGGAAAGGAAAAGCAUUUGGGACCAGAAUUAUUGAACUUGGAAAAUAAAAAGGUUGUAACCAGGACUACUUUACUGUCUUUUAAGUAGACAGUUAAAUGUCCUUUUCUCUGUAGAAAAGAGAAACAGUUUAAUUUGCAUAGUAAGGUUUUAGGUUCAAUAGAUAAAUUUAACAGAAUUGGUAAAUGUGGAAAGCAAGGAAUUAAGGGAGGUGGAAAAUCUGUCAGUAUCUUUGAGAAUAAGGGCCUUUCCCUCCCUUUCAUCAAUGGGAGGAUAGGAGUCUGAAAUUUAGUUCAGACUGGGGAGUCUGAAAUUCUAUAUGGUUAGGCCC